AUGGACCUGCGCUCUGAGCUUCUCAAGUCCAUUUGGUAUGGAUUUACUGCCCUGGAUCUAGAGAAGAGUGGGAAGGUGUCCAAGUCUCAGCUGAAGGUUCUUUCUCACAACCUUUGCACCGUCCUGAGCAUCCCUCAUGACCCAGUGGCUCUGGAGGAGCACUUUAGGGAUGACGAUGACGGCCCAGUUUCUAGUCAGGGUUACAUGCCUUACCUCAACAAAUACAUCCUGGAUAAGGUCGUUGAGGGAUCUUUUAAUAAGGAAAAUGUAGAUGAGCUUUGCUGGACUCUUACGGCAAAAAAGAAUUAUCAGCCGGACAGAAGCAGCAGCUCAAUUCUGCCAGACCGGGAUGCUUUUAGACUCUGGUGCCUUUUUAACUUUCUCUCUGAAGACAAGUACCCGCUGGUCAUGGUUCCAGAUGAGGUGGAGUACCUCCUUAAGAAGAUAUGCAUGGCAAUGAGCAUUGAGUUAAACUGUGUUGAGCUCGAUGACUUCUUCUCUCAAGACUCAGGGCAGCAGAGCGGUAUUACUGUCUGGGUUUUCCUGGAGAUGAUGAACUCUGGGAAAAUAACCAGAGGAAUCGAUAAGAGCAUCAUCAGCAUGGCAAUAGAGGAAGUAUACAGAGAGAUAGUUGGUGAUGUUCUCAAAGAGGGUUAUUUAUGGAAAAAAGGCCAGCUGAGGAGAAACUGGAAGGAACGCUGGUUCACUUUAAGACCCAGCAAUCUGUCCUACUACACAGGAGAAGACCGUAAAGACUGCCAAGGCAAUAUAGUCCUGGAUGGGAACUGCUGUGUGGAGGUGCUGCCGGACCGAGAUGGGAAGAGGUGUAUGUUUUGUCUGAAAACUUUGUCAAAAACCUAUGAAAUGAGUGCCUCGGACACCAAACAAAGGCAGGAGUGGACUGCAGCCAUUCAAACAGCCAUCAGGCUACAUGUGGAGGGCAAAACAUCUCUGCAUAAAGAUCUGAAGUAUAAGAGACGUGAGCAGCGUGAGCAGCGGGAGAAACGACGACAGGCCAAAGAGGAGGAGCUGCAGAGGCUUCGGGCCUUGCAGGAGGAAAAGGAGCGUAAGCUGGCGGAGCUGGAGCUCCUGAAGGAGGCGCAGAAGCAGGCUCAGGUCCUGAUGGAGCAGGACGAGCAGAGGAGACGGCAGCAGCAUGAGCAGCUCCAGCGUGCUCUGGAGAUUCAGCUCCGAGAGGCAGAAGAGGCCAGGGUCAGUAUGCAGGCAGAGAUGGCUCUGAAGGAAGAGGAAGCAGAGAGGCAGAGGAAGAGGAUCCUGGAACUAGAGGAGAUGCAGAAACGUUUGGAAGAGGCACUGCAACAGGAAAUUAAAGCCAGACUGGACGAGGAGGGCUUCCGUUAUGCUCAAGCAAGGUUACUGUCUGAGGAGGAGGAGAAAAUGAAGGCCCUAAUGGCCUUGCAGGAGGAGCAGGAGGAGUACAUCCUGAAGACGCAGCGGGAAAAACAGGAGCUGAAACAGGAAAUGGAAGCCAAAUCUCGUGCCCUGGAUGAGGCACAGAGGCAGCUGGAGGAGGUCCGGGCCAACAGGCACAGGGUUGACCAGGACGUAGUGGCUGCUCAGAGGAAACUUCGCCAGGCGAGCACAAACGUCAAACACUGGAACGUCCAGAUGAACAGACUGAUGCGACCCAUCGGACCAGGCGAGAAAAGGCCCUCUCUGGGGAGCUCUUUCCAGGCCUUCCAGAUCCCGACACAGAGGGACCCAGGACUGCAUCUCAGAAUGAGAUCCGGAUCCGAGGAUCAGAGCGAGGAGAGCAAAGAGAAUGUGAACAACAGAACUGAGUGCGACAUGGAGAAACGGCACUCGCACGCCUCCAACGGAGACAUGGACAUCCCCUAAAAGCAUGAAUCAUUAGAGCAUAAGAGGCUGCUCCGUGUACUCUGACGUGUUUUUUUCUUUCUAACAGGAAGCUCAGUAUGAUAAGUGUGAAAGGCAGUGGGACUUCUGCACUAAAAACUGAAUUUACUUUACUACCGUUUUUGUUACACAAAGAAUUUACUGACCUCAGUGCAAAACAGUAACAUGUUUGAGAUAUUUCAAAGGACAAUGCUCAACUAAUACAUUUCCUGGCCCUUGCAUGAGGUCUGACGUGAACGGAGAAGAUACCUCGGUGCAUGUAAAAGAACCGCAAAGUAAAAAUAUUUGAAGUGCUAACAGCAGACAGAAAACAAAUGAAGCUCAUAGUUUGGUAAAUUAAGAAAGCUUCCCAUGUGUCCUUUUUACAUAUGUAAUUUUCUGAAUUUCUUUCUUUUUUUUAUAUGAGUUUUUGAUGUACAGAACUGUUUCAGUAUUAGUUAACAGAAUAAUUUUGCUCCUGACAAACAGGAAGCAGAGCGCGAAAGAGAGAGAGGAGGGGACACAACUUCCUGUUCCUAAUGUCACCUAACAUGAGUGUAAAUAAAGAAGAAUGUGAAUUGAUGUCAUGACCACAUAAGAAAACAUUCUGUCAUGAGCUAGUUUGUGCAGCAUUGAAAUUACUAGUCUUCCUAUAAAUAAAGUAUUGUAGGUGAUGCAUGUAUAAAA